AUGAUCGGAGCCACCCGGCGCUGGUUCCAGCGCAAUCGCAAAGGCCUUGCGAUCGGGGCUGGCGUGCUAGGAGCUGGCUACUUGGCCGGUCAGUAUGUGCUGACCAAGAUCUCCGAGGCGCGCGAACGUAUGAGCAGUGAUCGGAUUGCACGAGAAAAUCCCGAGCCCAAUGUCGGGCCCGAACCAUCCCAAGCUGACCAUGAUGGCCAUAGUUUAAGACGUCGAUUCGAGCAAAACCAGACCGACUGUACCUAUACUGUUCUCGCAUUGCUUCCGACCGCGGCAGAGAAUAUCAUUGAGGCGCUCCCCGUCGAGGAGCUGACGAAAGAGCUCCAGAAAAAGCGGGCGGAGAGGCUGGCGCGGCUCAAUGCGGGGGAGACUACCGGCUCCGACAUGAGUUCGGUGUCACCCAGUGUCGUGGAAGAGGACCGGAAGAGCCUAUCGAGUUUCCAGAGCGAGGGAUAUGUGCAUGCAAGCCAAGUAGGGGAAUCGGCUGGGGACGAGGGACAACCUCGAGUCAAACGGAAUAAGACCCAGUUGUGGAAUGAGGUCAAGAUCACUUCUAUCACGCGAUCCUUUACUCUUGUCUAUACGCUUUCCCUGCUCACCAUCUUCACCCGCAUCCAACUCAACCUCCUCGGCCGUCGCAAUUACCUCUCCAGCGUUAUCUCCCUUGCUACUCCUCCUGCCAACUCCUCGACUAUUAGUCUGGAAGACCAUGACGACGAAUUGACGCAGACCCUGGGCGAUGACUUUGAAACAAAUCGACGAUACCUCGCGUUCAGCUGGUGGUUGCUCCACCGGGGAUGGAAAGAUCUGACGGAACGGGUUCAAGCUGCUGUAGAGGAAGCCUUUGGCCCGCUCAACCCGCGUGAAGACAUUAGUUUGGAUAAGCUGUCCGAGUUGACUAUGGUGAUCCGGAAGAAGGUCGAGGGGAACACAGAAGAUGAGCGACGAUCCCAGAAGUGGUUGUCUUGCCUGCUUCCCCCGGCCGAGGAAGAGGAGUAUGUUUUGCGUGAGUCGGGCGUGCAAGGCGUAGCGGACCUGUCCUCGUCCCACACGGCCUCGAAGCUCCGUCAUCUGCUGGACGAGACCGCCGAUCUGAUUGAUUCACCCUCUUUCUCUUUUGUCCUGACUCUCCUCAACAACGAAGCAUUCUCGACCCUCAUCGACCAGAAGUGUGCGGCCGAUGCCUUCAAGCCCGUGACUCCCGCCCCAGAGACUGCACCGCAGUCCUUUGAUUCUAUCGCAACUGCCGUGCCCACUGCCUUUGACCGCAAGACCAAGUUGGCGAAUCUUCUGGCGGUACUCGCCCGUCAGGCACACGUGAUUGGGAACGGCACGCAUCCGCCCAACGAGUAUCUGGCCACGAUGGACCAGAACGUGCGUGAGCUUGAGGCGUUUUCGGCCGUGGUGUACAGCUCGAACUUUGAUCUCGAGCUGCUCGGAGCCAAAGAGAAGACCUCACGUACCAAGGCAAGGGACUCCGGCGGACCGGAGUCUGCUUCGUCGUCCCCUGUUCCAGAAAUGGUGGAAAAGGAGGUGGGGAAUGAUGACACAGCUGGUAGUGUUCCAGUCCUCGUUGAUCACCAUGAAGAUGAUGAACAGAAUACCACCAGCGCAGAGAGUACCCAACAAGUCCCUGAUUCGGCUUUCGAGCAAGCCUGGGGAAAGGCCAUGGAUGAUGGACAAAAGCCUCUAAAGGAGGAAGAAGGCCAGUCGACGCCGUGA